CAUUAAUCUAGAGACCGAUGUGGAUGCAUUCUCCUGUAACCUCUUCUCCGAUCGAUACUGCCUGAGCGGUGAGCAAAGACCUGGGGAAUGAGCCAAUUGAAAGCUGGGGAUGAUUAGGUGGCCAUGAUGGUCAGAUUGGGAAUUUGGCCAGAACACCAGGGUUAACACCCCUACUCUUACGAUAAAUGCAAUGGGAUAUUCGUGUCCACAGAGGACACACGUUCAGUGUCCCCUCUGAAAGACCCUACACAGAGCAAUGUCCCCACUCACUGCCCUGGGGCGAUGGGAUAUUUUUUUUUAAAUACCAGAGGAAAAAGUGCAUCCCACUGGCAUUCCAACUCCACUUCCAGCAGCAUUUGGUCUCCCAUCCAGGGAACGACUAGGACCCACCCUGUUUAGCUUCAGAAGUAAGCCAGCAGUGGGACUCAGGGUGGUACUAACUUCAAUGAAGUAGUGACAUCCCAAGGAUACGUGAUAGCAUGGACCGUAUAGGAAACGGAGUGUUCUGAUUGGCCCUGACGUCUUUAUAGUGAGACUGAACGCUCCCCCUAGAAAUGGGCGGGAUUUAUGACUUUGUGGCUGUAGUAACUAGUUACGACCCUCCCGCGAUGUACUGGUAAUACAGUACUCAUUAUCAUCUCAGAAACGCGUGUGCUUUUCAAAACCUACAGCAGAGGACGACACUUUACAUCUUUAUUUUAGAGCAUGUUCUAUGUUGCUCUUCAUUGGACGGGUAAACUGCAGUUUGAUGGUGAAGUUAAUGCCACUGUCAUGACAUUACGGGUUACUGGGGUGAUGCUCGUGCGUAAUUAAGCAUCUGGUGCGCAUCAUGGGGUCCAAAUAAAGGAACAUUUCUAUAUCAAAGGUCUGUUGCUUGGCCAUGAUGCCUUGGCAUUUCGACUCAAAGUCAGUAUCUGACCAAUUAAGGGUUUUGAGGACUGCUGAAUUGCGGGAGCUUCUGCGGGAUGAAGAAAAAAUUAGCCAGAUCAUCAGAUUCAGCCAAAAGUUUCAGAGGCUUCAGGGAGCAAAGGAGACUGUGUUGGUCUCCAACAGUAGAUUGGCAGAGACCAGUCUCUCUCAUGAGCCAGAGCUCAAUACUGGUAAGCUAUGGUUAGCCAAGAAGUACCAGGAACUGGAGAAAUUCACCAAUAUCAUACAAGCCAAACAGAACCAACUUGUUUUACUAGAGAAACGUAGCCUUUACAUGGUCCAGUGGCUUCUCCUGAACAAGCUGGCCCACUCUGAAGAAGAAUGUGAUGCUCUCUCACAGAAAUUCACAGAUGGGAAAAUAUCCCUGGAGCAUUUUGUGGAGUCAUGUCAAAGAUCUUGUAAGCUCUACCAUAUUCGUCUGGUUCAGGCAGAGAAAAUCCAAGAGUUUAUCAAACCUGAACACAAACCACAAAGGCCUACUGAGAAUAACAAUAGUAGGGAGCCAUCAGUUGACUUCCCCCUGAGCCCCCAUCCCAAUAUCUGCCAUGUUUUCUAUGGCCUCACCCCUGCUAUUAUUCUGCCUAACGUCUACCACUCUGUCAGCUCUGCUCCGGUCCACUUCCGGAUGGGUCCAUAUCUACCGCCCCUGAGUGACCACAUCAUCAACAGUGCUCAACUUAUGAGGCCUGUAGCCUCACCUUUUGACACUGGUCAACCUGUAGGCCUUAGAGUGUAUGGAAAGGGACAUGCUCCCAGGUGGCCAGCCAGGCCUGUACGUCUGCAGCGACUCAACAACAUACAGUCCAGACAUCAUCAGCAGGACCCACCGCCGCAUUGACACUGAUGGGUAAAAAAGGCAUCAACUGUUACUCUCUGGACUAUAAUGAAUUUGUGUACUUUAUGAUUGUGUCUGUAAAACAGCACCCCACAUUUGAAACAAGUUAAUUGAGAAUUGAUUGACAAAAGAAACAAGUUGAUUAAGAACGUUGAAUAAACACAUUGUGGGUUUUGUUUUAUA